AUGGCAAAAAUAGCAAACAAAGUUUGCCUGAUCGUCAUUGAUGGUUGGGGUUUGUCUGACGAAUCCGACGGCAAUGCUAUCAAGAAUGCUAACACACCUGUCAUGGAUGGGCUCUGCUCUGGUAAUUGGACCCAAAUUGAAGCACAUGGUCUUCAUGUUGGCCUUCCCGAAGGACUUAUGGGUAACUCUGAGGUGGGUCUUUUGGUCAUUUGCUCGUUGAUGACAUGACA